AUGCAGGCUCCAUCUGCCUCCACCUCAGGCUCCCACAGCGGCGGCAGCGGAGGAGGAGGGGGAGGAGAUACCCUCCCACCGUCAUCUUCGCAUUCGCGCCGGCCGUGGCAGUCGCAAUCGCAACAUCUCCGCCCGGCGACGACGACGACGACGAGCAGUAUUCGCUCUCAGCACAGUACACACAACAGCCAUCAUGAACAACAUACUAGGUAUCAGUCUUCCACGGGGAGUGGGAUUGGUAAUGCUGGGGCGAGAGAAGAAGGAGAAGAGAAAUGGUACAAAAUCCAUCUCUUCCGCGGCAUGAUUCAGGAUAUUAAGCGUCGUGCUCCGUUCUAUUGGAGUGAUUGGACUGAUGCGUGGGAUUAUCGCGUCGUGCCCGCGACGGUGUAUAUGUAUUUUGCUAAUAUUCUUCCUGCGCUGGCUUUCUCGUUGGAUAUGUUUGAGAAAACCAACCAGAGUUAUGGCGUUAAUGAGGUCUUGCUGGCGAGUGUGUUGGCUGCGGUGGUGUUUUCGGUCUUUGCGGCUCAGCCGUUGGUUAUUGUGGGGGUUACUGGUCCUAUUACUGUGUUUAAUUACACGGUUUAUGAUAUCAUUUCGCCACGAGGGACGAAUUAUUUGGCAUUUAUGUGCUGGAUUGGGAUAUGGUCGUUGAUCAUGCAUUGGCUGCUUGCCAUUACCAAUGCCUGUAAUGGUCUCACCUAUGUCACCCGUUUCUCGUGCGAUAUCUUCGGUUUCUAUGUCGCCUUUAUCUACCUCCAGAAGGGUAUCCAAGUCCUCACUAGGCAGUGGGGGACCGCUGGCGAGACUUCCGCGUAUCUCAGUAUCAUGGUCGCCUUGCUAGUGCUUAUGAGCGGCUGGAUCUGUGGCGAGCUUGGUAAUAGCAGUCUCUUCAAACGGUGGAUUCGCAAGUUUCUGGAGGAUUAUGGCACGCCCUUGACCAUUGUGUUCUUUACUGGGUUUGUUCAUAUCGGCCAUAUGAGGGAUGUCGAGGUCGCGCGACUGCCCACUAGCAAGGCAUUUUUCCCGACAGAGGAGCGCCCGUGGCUGGUUCAUUUCUGGGAUAUCAAUGUCGGCGAUGUGUUCCUUGCUAUUCCGUUUGCGGUGCUGUUGACGAUUCUGUUCUAUUUUGACCAUAAUGUCUCGUCUCUUAUCGCCCAAGGAACCGAGUUUCCUCUGCGCAAGCCAGCCGGCUUCCACUGGGACCUCUGGCUACUCGGAAUCACCACCUUCGUGGCCGGUCUCCUGGGUAUCCCCUUCCCGAACGGUCUCAUUCCCCAGGCACCCUUCCACACGGCCGCUCUCUGCGUCACCCGCGACGUCGCCGACGAAGACGACACCAACAAAGGCAAAGCCAUCCGCGUCACCGACCACGUCGUCGAACAACGCGUCAGCAACUUCGCCCAAGGCCUCAUGACCCUGGGCACCAUGACCGGCCCUCUGCUCAUUGUUCUGCACCUGAUCCCCCAAGCCGUUCUGGCCGGCCUCUUCUUCAUCAUGGGCGUCCAAGCUCUCCAAGGCAACGGCAUCACCCAGAAACUCAUCUUCCUCGCUCAAGACAGCGGUCUCACGCCAGCAUCCAACCCGCUCAAGCGCAUCAAACGCCGUCUCUCCAUCUGGGCGUUCGUCAUCCUGGAGCUGAUCGGCUUCGGCGCCACUUUUGCCAUCACACAGACUAUUGCUGUCAUCGGUUUCCCGGUUAUUAUCCUGCUGCUUAUCCCCGUCCGCUCGUUCUUGUUCCCCUGGUGGUUUACACAAGAGGAAUUGUCCAUCCUGGAUGCCCCAACUGCUAGUCCAUUCACUAUGGAGAGCGUGGGUGGGACGCAUGGGCUGAGUGACGCUGCUGCUACUGCUUCGGGUCGGGAUGAUGAUCGUCGGGAUUCAAAGAAUGGGGGUGGUGGUAAUGGGGUUAUGAUGCGGAGGGAUGAGAGCUCGUCGGAGUCGGCUGUUGAGGAUGAUUUGGAGAGAGGUGAGGCGUAUGAGAUGCAGAGGUUGGGUGUAAGGCGGAGGAGUACGACUGGUGGGGUGUGA